GUGUCAGUUUUCACAAAAUUACCGGAGUGUGCGAUUACUCUGAGGUUAAAGGUCCAAGAGCCACAAGCGCAUCAAACCAAACCUUUGAGAUUAGGAAUUUAUAACAGUGUUAAUUUUGCACAUAUAUAUAUAUAAGAAAUGGCAGAGAAUUUUGGAAGAGAAACGCCACCGAAUUAUAACGAGGAAAACAAGACUGCGGGACAACCGUUGGCUGACUUUUUACUGCAGUUAGAGGAUUACACACCUACGGUACCAGAUGCCAUCAGCGAGCAUUACCUGCAUACAGCUGGUUUCAACACCACAGAUCCUAGAAUAGUACGUUUGGUGUCUCUGGCAGCUCAAAAGUUCAUCUCAGAAAUUGCCAAUGAUGCGCUACAGCAUUGCAAAACACGUGGUGUCAAUCAGAACUCAAAGACCAAGGGAAAAGAUCGUCGGUAUACACUAACUAUGGAAGAUCUGACACCAGCAGUUGCAGAAUACGGCAUCAUAGUUAAGAAACCACAUUAUUUUGUUUAAGUUUUUCAUGUAAAGAUAAUUUAAUCAUAUCAUUGUACUCACAUUAGUUUUUUUUUAUUGGAUAAGCUUAGAAAAUUAUAUAUGAAUAAUUGGGAAAAAAUAUUAUUUUGCAAUAAUAUUUGAAUAAGUAAAUAAGUUUUUAAAAAUUCAAAACAAUACUGUUAUAUAUUGAGACACAAUGUAUAUGCGAGCAUAAUUAAAACAUUCUUUCGAAGGAUAUGGGAACGGGAAAUAAAUACAUAAUAUAUGUAUAUGGAAUAAAUAUAAAAGACUUUUUAUAUCAAAGA